AUGUCAAAUAUUGUCAAUAGUACAUUAAGUGAUUCUUUAAAUUCUGCGGGAAUUAUUCGAGUACCUCAAUCUGUGCGUUUUUGGUAUUUUAUAUGUUGGGAUAUUUUAUCAUUAAGUUGUACUUUAUUUAAUCUUUAUUUUUUAUUAUUUAAUCGUACAUUUCGACGUGCAUUACAUAAUCAUAUAUUUAUUGUUCUUCUUUUGAUUUGUUUAAUUGAUGAAACAUGUACUGUUCCAUGGUUUAUUCGUAAUGAUGCAACAUUAACACCAUGGCAAGCACCAUAUGAAUUCUAUUUAUUUUGGGCUUUUUUUGAAUAUUUUCUUUAUUCAUUACAAAUUGGAUUAUUUAGUUGGGGAACAAUUGAACGGCAUAUUCUUAUAUUUUAUGAUCGAUGGUUAAAUACAAAUAAAAAACGUUUUUUCUUUCAUUAUUUUCCAAUAUUAUUUCUAAUAAUUUAUUCUUUAAUUUAUCAUAUAAUAGUUUAUUUUAUUUUACCUUGUGAUGGAACAUUUGAUGCUUUUCUUAAUGGAGGUCUUUAUGCUCCAUGUGCAUUUACGCGAACAUCAUUAGGAACAUGGGAUCUUAUAGCUCAUCAAUUAAUUCCAACAUUAACUAUAUUAAUAUCAAGUUUAAUUCUUAUUCUUCGUGUACAAUGGCAAAAAGCUCGUACACAUCGAAUAAUUGAUUGGAAAAAACAACGUAAGAUGGUUAUUCAAUUAGUAUCUAUAUCAAUUAUUUAUUUAUUAUUUAAUAUACCAUGGGUUGGAAUCAUUUUAGCUUAUCAAUUUGGUUUACCAGCAAGUAUUGCUGUAUAUGGAAUGGUUUAUGCGAAAUUUCUUUGGUAUAAUAUUACUUUUUUCUUUCCAUUUGUUACUUGUUUAUCAUUACCAGAAUUACGAGAGAAAAUAAAACAAAAAUUAUUAUUUUGUCAGCAAGAACAACGACGAGUUCAUGUAAUACAAUCAACUAUAAUUCGUCGAAAAGUUCCACAAACUAUUGAACAAGUUAAUGUAUCACCUAUUCAGACAUAA